CCCAUCUAUCCUCAAUCACCUGCAGGAUGGCAGGUUGCCCUCCGUGCCAUAAAACGUCUCUAUGCCCAGCGACAAUACAAGCAGUGCACUGCGCGCGUCUCGGAGCUGCUCAUAACCGCGCCAGAGCCAAUCCAUCCUGUUUACCAGACGUUCCUCUAUUUCUACAGCGCCAUCUGCUAUGAGGCAAUGGGCCUUUCCGCUCACAAUUAUUCUCGCAACAAGCUCCCAUUGCUGCACUCUGCUCUAGACUGUUUCACCAACUGCAGUGCUGUCUUGCCGAGCCCAGUCCCAACCACUGAGCGCUACUCACACAUUUCCGAGGCUUUGUUUACUUCAGUCCCCUCGGAUUCGUCCUCGUAUUCUGACUCCCCGGGAUCGAGAACUAGGCCCUCGAGCCUUGCAAGCAGCCUUGCGGACAUGAUCGAACGAUCUCUCAUCUACGGCAGCGUGGAUGGGGAUCCCUUUGUCUCACACGAUGGCGAUGAUCAAGACAGGCAGUUUCAAGAAGGGCUAUGCACAGGGAUUCUAGCGACAAGCGCCAGUCAAAGCCACUUGAUUCCCUCUCCCUUGAAUGUCAGAAAACCUUCCGGGGCUUCUAUUUCUAGCAUAUCAGGCACAUGUGGUGAUGCACCGAAAGCAAGCAAGACCAGUGAUUUACAUGCUUGGACAAAUCGCCCAGCAGCCAGCAGUGUCGGCACAAGCAAGAUUCCUCUUGCUCGUCCACCUUCCAAGGUUCCUCUCAAAGUUGCUCCACGACCCGUUCGAACCCCUUCUCCCGAGCCUCGACACGGGACACAUUUUGCAGAAGCCAUUUCUAGCUUGGAAGAAGGGCGGAGAAUUCUUCCAUACCCCACAGAGUACACCAACCAUAUCUCAAACUACAACAGCAGUAUACGCUCUCUUAACACCCAGAUCACCUCGAGCAUCACCACAAUCCGGGCCAUGAUUGAGGAAGUAACCGAGAUGCAGCACGCUCGCCGGGUGUCGAAGAGUAUCCGACGUUCGGCAUCUUUCUGGAGCUUCAGUCCUGUGAAGGAGAGGGAUCGGACUUCUUCGUCGGCCGUAUCUCGUGCCAAGUCUGCUGAUAACAGCUCGGGACGAGUACUCGUCACAGAGAGCAUGGAGCAGCGGAUUGAGAGGCUACGCAGUGAAGGGUGGCAGACAGUCGGAACCAAGUCUCAGCGGCGAGGGUGGAAGGGAGAGGAGUACUACCGGGCCUACUGCUCUAGAGUCUUGGAAGAGCUAUACCUGAAG